GAUUACGAAGUUUCUCCAAGUUACGAAAUAAACCUUCAAGCAAAAGAUCCAUGGGGUGUAGUGGGCGCCAGCAAGUUAAUUAUCGAAUUAGCAGACGUGAAUGAUAACAGCCCAGUGAUCACAAUGGCUUCAUAUUCGGGUAAGAUUUCAGAAGAUUCUGCUCCUGGUACAGUUGUGGCCUUGAUUAGCGUCCAAGAUAAAGAUUCUGGUAAAAAUGGGCAGGUUCAUUUAAAUAUAGACGAAAACCUCCCUUUCAAAAUUAAAUCAUCUCUCAGAAACUACUACACCUUAGUCACAGAGCAAAACCUCGACCGAGAAAAGCGUUCCAAGUACAACAUCACUCUCACUGCCACAGAUGAGGGUUUGCCUGCUUUAUCAAGCAGUAAAACUGUAUUCUUAGACGUUACUGAUAUUAAUGACAACGCACCCGCUUUCAGCCAAAGUGUUUACAGCACUCAGGUAAUGGAGAACAAUUCUCCUGGUGUCACUCUGUUGCAGAUUUACGCAACUGAUCCAGAUCAGGGUCAGAAUGCACGCAUAUCAUAUUUUCUUAUUGACAGCGAAUUUAAUGGAGCUCCAGUCUCCUCAUAUUUCUCAAUUAAUACGGAAAGUGGAGUAAUUCAGUCUUUGCGUUCACUUGACUAUGAACAAGUCAAAGAGUAUAAAAUACGAGUUAAAGCUCAAGAUGGCGGAUCGCCACCACUAACUAGUAACACAACAGUUAAUGUACAUGUCAAGGACCAGAACGACAACCCACCUCAGGUUCUGUAUCCAGUCCAGACUGGUGGCUCUCUGGUGGCUGAAAUGGUUCCUCGAUCAGCAGAUGUGGGCUAUCUGGUGACUAAAGUGGUGGCUGUUGAUGUGGACUCUGGACAGAAUGCCUGGCUCUCCUAUAAACUGCAGAAAGCCACAGACAGGGCGCUGUUUGAAGUGGGCUUACAGAAUGGAGAAAUAAGAACUAUCCGCCAAGUGACUGAUAAAGAUGCAGUGAAACAAAGACUGACUGUUAUAGUGGAGGACAACGGGCAGCCCUCUCGUUCAGCUACAGUCAUUGUUAACGUGGCGGUGGCGGACAGCUUCCCUGAAGUGCUGUCGGAGUUCACUGACUUUACCCAGGACAAGGAGUACAAUGACAACCUGACUUUUUACUUAGUGUUGGCUCUGGCUGUAGUUUCCUUCCUCUUCAUCACGUGUUUAGUGGUUAUUAUAUCAGUGAAGAUCUACAGAUGGAGACAGUCUCGCGUCCUGUAUCACUCCAAUCUCCCUGUGAUUCCAUAUUAUCCACCACGUUACUCAGACACUUUGGGGACAGGGACUCUCCAACACGUGUACAACUACGAGGUGUGCAGGACGACUGACUCCAGAAAGAGUGACAUGAAAUAUAUGAAACCGAUGAGUCAAAGUUUGGUUAGUGUGGAUGGAGCUGGAACUGAAACUCUGCAGAAUGGAGAGCAGUCAUCAGCAGUAUCUCAUAUGUCUACUCUGCUGUAA